UCAGGGUUAUGUUUAUACGGAGAUAUAGAUGCAUACAUAUAUACAUAUUUACAGAGAGAGAUAUUGGGUAAUUGCAAUAGAAUAGAAUACCAUCCUAUUCUACCGAUGUCAGGGUUCAGUUAUAGGCUACAUAGGUCUGUGAACAGUGCCUGGGGUUUGGGAGAGACUAGAAAGGGACUUUGUAGAGCGUCUUUAUUACCAAAGUCUAAAAAGGUUUUUCUUGAUUAGCCACUGUUGUUUCAAAGACCAGAGCCCUGAGCUUUGUUUGAUGGGUUCUUGCUGUUACAUCCUCGGUAAUCUGAGGGAAUUCAUGGCUGUGUCACAGCUUUUCUGUACUAUAAUACCCUUUUCUUGGGCUUUGUAUCCUCCUUCUCACUGCAAGUUAUUUCACCACCACCCCUUCAGCCUGUUGUGUGUCCUCCUAUCAGGGUUCGUGGCUUGUUUCAGUCCUGAACCUCCUGCUGCACGGAAAUUACUGAAGACUGAAAUUACCAAGUAGUUAAUGGCAUCAACAUCUGGCGUUGGUAACAGCUCAAUACUCAUCAAAGAUGUAGCUUCAAACUUUCGUGCAUAUCCUCCUCCUCUAGCAAAAUAUGAGGAAGUUGUAGACAAUUCCCAGCUCUUCAUGUUUACCUUGGAGAAGCUUCACGCAUCUAUGGGUACCAAAUACAUGAUUCCUACUGUUGGAGGAAGAGAACUAGAUUUGCAUCGCCUCUUUGUUGAAGUGACUUCCCGGGGAGGGAUUGCAAAAAUAAUUAGAGAGAGGAAAUGGAAAGACGUAACUUCAGUCUUCAAUUUUCCGUCAACAGCCACAAAUGCUUCUUUUGUGUUGAGGAAGUACUAUGCUUCACUGCUUUACCAUUAUGAACAAAUCUACUAUUUUAAAUCCCGGGAAUGGGACCCUACUGCUCCUGAUGUUUUGCAGAACCAAUCAACCCUGGCAGUUCCUCCUCCAAAAAUUCAGUUUCCACAGUCUUUGCCAGAAAUUCAACCAGCCGUCUUUCAACAGUCAAAUGUUAAUGCUGCUAAAUUGCCUGAAGCAAUGACAACAUCUUCGGCUGGAUCUCCAGUCAUUGGGGUCAUUGACGGGAAAUUUGAAAGUGGCUAUCUAGUUACUGUCACAAUUGGUUCAGAGAAACUCAAAGGAGUACUUUAUCAAGCUCCACAGAAUCCUAUACUGCACGCAUCCCAUCAUAGUGCCCCAGCUAAUAAUACCAACGCUUCUUCUUCAGUGGGUGUUCAUCGUCGGAGACGCAGGAAGAAAUCAGAAAUAAAAAGAAGAGAUCCUGCUCACCCAAAACCUAACAGAAGUGGGUACAAUUUCUUCUUUGCUGAACAGCAUGCAAGACUAAAGGCACUUCACCAUGGAAAAGACAGAGAGAUUAGUAGGAUGAUUGGUGAACUUUGGAACAAGUUAAAAGAAUCAGAAAAGACGGUUUAUCAAGAGAAAGCCAUGAAAGAUAAAGAGAGGUACAGAGCAGAAAUGGAGGAUUAUAGAGAGAAACUGAAGAUGGGUCAGGUUAUCAGUGACGCUGUGCCCCUUCAGCAACGACUUCCUGAAGCAGAUGCAGACAUGUUGGAUGUUGACUUAAAAACGGAUGAAGCUGAGGCAGAUUCGCUUCAAACUCCAGAGGAGAGUAGUUCCGGUGGAAGUGAUUAUGAAGAUUAUAAUAAAACUGCAGAAAGAGGUUUUGAUAUGGAUUCAUUACCUGUAAUAGGAAUGGGUGCAGAAACAAGCUAUUUGGGUUCGGAAGAUAAGUCAUCCAAAGGGGGUUUGUGAGCUUGUUUAUGGGUGACAGGAUUAGCAGGCACUGACUUUUAGCAGAGACUUUCUUACAUCAUAAACUAGAAGCUGAGAUAUGAGAUGCAGUGGAGGUUUGAGUUAGGAUUAAGUUGCAGUAAUUAACUGAGUGAGUUUUGUCAUUUUCAUGUUUUUAACUUCAAGUGGUUCAUGUUGGCAUCAUGCUAUAUGCUAUAUUUCUAGUGUACAUUUGGCAUGUUGACAUGGAUCUUGUAGCUAAUGAUAGAAUCCAGAAGUUCGCUCAGUCACUCUGUUAUUAAAUUGAGCGUGACCAAUGAAUAAAAUGUUGGCUACCUAAUUUGUACUUA